GAAGCGUACCCGCGAUCAGAACGGUUCAUUUCACGCAUGUUGACUUCGUUCGGCCUUAACUAAAGUACAGACCGUCCCUAAGCUUGAAAAUGCGCGCUGCUGCACCAUUACUUCUCCUCUGCAUGGCCACAUUGGCUGCAGGUGAAGAAGGAAAGGGUUUUUUGGUGUUUGUGACGGAGCGAAAACACGAGCGGUGCUUCCCGUUUCCAUUCCUGGGAUAUUUCAUAUGUGUGGAAUCGACUAAUAUCGACAUGUUCAUACCAUCGGGCAAUAACACUGGUCAAGAUUCAAACAGCACGUCUGAUUCCUCGCCACCAACACUCGAUACAACCUCAGAUGGCGACUCCGAGUCUCCUACAGCUCCUGACGACUCGACCUCAGUCGACGACAGCUCUGAAGAAGGCACGCCGUCGGAGACCCAAGAAACGACUGAUUCUGAUGCAUCGUCGCCUAGCCAGAGUGGCCAAGAGGGGAGCCCAGAGAUGAGCACGACAACAAAAUGAGGACCUUCACUUUGACAAGCAUAAAUUUCGCUUUGCUAUUUACAAAAUAAAGAAAAGCAUGUAAUAAAGGCAGAAUGAAAUGAUAGCAAA